GGCGUCCCUGUCCGUCACCCGGCAACCGCUGGCACCACCCCUGACGUCACCGCAGCGCCCACCCUGCAUCCAGCCUCCUGGAAUGUUGUCAUUUCCUGUCUUCUAUUUUACGAAUGAAAGUGGGCUGGGAGUUUGAAUGUGCGUGUUGGUCAGAGGACUGGCAGAGGCCGGAAGUAGGUGAGCGCGUGCAUUUAGCGACUGCUGUGAUUGCUGAGCUUCCCGGGCCCUGAGCAGCCGGGCCUGGGAUUGUGGAACGGGACCGCAUUCGCAUGUGCAUUCCGAUGAAGAUAGUGCUCCAUGCUGUGGGUGUCUGUGAGCUCUCAAGUCACACUGCGCUAUCCUCCUGUAGUCUCCACAGAAGCAGUCUGCGGGGACAGUGGCCUCCUGGCACGACCCUCCUUUGGGAACAGAAGCCAAGCCUGGCUGCCAUGGAUCGCUGGGCUAUGCGCCUGGCCCUGGCUUCUGGCUGUGAGCUGGUGAGACAGGUGUUCCCUGUGGGUGUGCAGCUUGAAUGCUUCUUUGUGUCCUGCUCUGAGCUCUGCUGUUGUGUCCUGUGAGGGGACCUCAGGGAAAUGCUGAAAUCAAGACAUGGGAUCCAUGACCCGAGUCCAAUGGUUGGCUGUGAGUAUCUGCAUCUGUGUCAGUCAGUCGCUGGUGUUGCCUCUCAGAGGACAGCCACGCUAGGCUCAUGUCUGCAAUGAAAAUGUCACAUUGGCAUCACUGUCAGUUACUCAAAGACUGCUGGCCCUGCCCCUGAUGUCACGCCAACACCGCUCCUCGCCCAUCUAUCUCAGCCCCUGGCAUAUGCCAUGUUGGAUUCCAUGACUGUCACCCAGCAACCACUGGCCGCGCCCCCUGACGUCACCCUUGCCCUGCCCCCGCCUCUUUACCUUGCAUCUCAGCCCCUGGCAGGCGCCAUGUUAGUGUCCCUGUCCAUCACCCAGCAACCUCUGGCACCACCCCUGAUGUCACCGCAGUGCCCGCCCUGCAUCCAGCCUGCUGGAAUGUUGUCAUUUCCUGUCUUUAAUUUUUAUGAAUGAAAGUGGGCUGGGAGUUUGAAUGUGCGCGUUGGUCGGAGGUCUGGCAGAGGCGGGAAGGAGGUGAGUGCUCCCAUUUAGCAACUGCUGGGAUUGCUGAGCUUCCCGGGCUCUGAGCAGUCAGGCCUGGAAUUGUGGAACGGGACCGCAUGUGCAUUUAGAUGAAGAUAGUGCUCCAAGCUGCAGGUGUCAGUGAGUUCUGGAGUAACUCUGCGCUAUCCUCCUGUCGUCUCUGCAGAUGCGGUCUGUGAGUUUGGAGAGGCCUGGCAUUAUGCUGGCUUCCCGCUCUGGAAAGUUUGCAGGGGAACAGAGUGCAAACCUUCUGGGCAGGGACAGUGGCCCGGAAAGGCACAGGCUUCCCGCUAUGGAAAGUUUACACUGGGGCGGGGUGCAAACCUCUCUGUGCUCCAGGCAGGGACAGUGGCUGGGAAAGAUUUAGGCUUCCCGCUCUGGAAAGUUUGCAGUGGGGUGGAGUGCAAACCCUCUCUGUGCUCCUCCAGGCAGGGACAGUGGCCUCCUAGCACAACCCUCCUGUGGGAACAGAAGCCAAGCCUGGCUGCCAUGGAUCGCUGGGCUAUGCGCCCAGCCCUGGCUUCUGACUGUGAGCUGGUGAGACAGACAUUUAUGCUGAUUGAUCUUCUUCACUCUCACCCUCACCUUCUCCUUCUGAGGUGUUCCCUGUGGGUGUGCAGCUUGAAUGCUUCUCUGUGUCCUGCUCUGAGCUCUGCUGUUGUGUGCUGUGAGGGGACCUCAGGGAAACACUGAAAUCAAGACAUGGAUACAGUGACAUUUGAUGAUGUGUAUGUGAACUUCACCGAGGAAGAGUGGAAUUUGCUGGAUCCUUCCCAGAAGAGUCUCUACAAAAAUGUGAUGUUGGAAACCUACCUGAACCUCAAAGCUAUAGGCUAUAAUUGGGAAGAACAUCAUCUUGAAGACCAUUGUCAAAAUAAUAGAAGUCAUGAAAGGCAUGUAAGAAGUCAUAGUGGAGAGAAACCGUAUGAGUGUAAUAUAUGUGGUAAAGCCUUUACACGAUGCAGUAAUCUCCACUAUCAUAAAACAACACAUACUGGAGAGAAACCUUAUGAAUGUAAUCAAUGUGGUAAAGCCUUUGCAAGACCAAGUGUUCUCCAAAGACAUAAACUGACACAUACUGGAGAGAAAUCUUAUGAAUGUGAUCAAUGUGGUAAAGCCUUUAUAAGAUCCAGUAAUCUCCAAUAUCAUAAAACAACACACAGUGGAGAGAAACCUCAUGAAUGUAAUCAAUGUGGUAAAGCCUUUACAAGAUCCAGUCAUCUCCAAAGACAUAAAAUGACACAUACAGGAGAGAAACCUUAUGAAUGUGAUCAAUGUGGUAAAGCCUUUGCACAGCGCUGUAAUUUUCAAUAUCAUAAAAGAACACAUACUGGAGAGAAACUUUAUGUAUGCAAUCAAUGUGGGAAAGCAUUUGCAUGUCACAGUACUUUCCAGUAUCAUAAAGUAACACAUACUGGAGAGAAACCUUAUGAAUGUAAUCAAUGUGGUAAAGCCUUUGCACAGCACAGUGCUCUCCAAAUACAUAAAAGAACACAUAGUCUAGAGAAACCUUAUGAAUGUAAUCAAUGUGGUAAAGCCUUUACAAAACCCAGUCAUCUCCAAAAACAUAAAAGAAAACAUACUGGAGAGAAACCAUAUGAAUGUAAUCAAUGUGGUAAAGCCUUUGUACUGCACACUUCUCUCCAAUAUCAUAAAAGAACCCAUACCGGAGAGAAACCUUAUGAAUGUAAUCAGUGUGGUAAAGCCUUUACACAUCACAGUAAUCUCCAAUAUCAUAAAAGAACACAUACUGGAGAGAAACCAUAUGAAUGUAAUCAAUGUGGUAAAGCCUUUGCACAGCGCAGUAAUCUCCAGUAUCAUAAAAGAACACAUACUGGAGAGAAACCUUAUGAGUGCCAUCAAUGUGGUAAAGCCUUUGCACAGUGCAGUACUCUCCAAUAUCAUAAAAGAACACAUACUGGAGAGAAACCUUAUGAAUGUAAUCAAUGUGGUAAAGCCUUUGCAAGACCCAGUCAUCUCCAGUAUCAUAAAAGAACACACAGUGGACAGAAAACUUAUUAAUGUAAUCAAUGUGGUAAAGUGUUUUCACCUGGGAUAAGUCUCCAUAUUCUGUGUGCUGGAGAGAAACAAUGAAUAUGAUCAUGAAUUAAGUGGGAAUUAGGAGGGUAUCAUAGUAGAACAUGAUAGACAUGGGUGCUUGGGAUUAUUUCCACUCUGGAGUUUUUUGAUGCUUUUGCAAAGAAGUUUGCUGCCCUCAUCUGAAGAGUUUCCUUGAGGUUAAGGUAAAGAUGUUUUCAUUAAUUGUAUUGACAAAGUAAGUCAUGAAAAUCACCGCAUAGAAUUUGGCAUGAAAAUUUUUAACAAACAUAGAAAUUAAGAAAGGAAAAAUAAAAAAAGAAAGGUUCAAAAUACAAGGCAUCAUCAGGAAGUUGAAUGACGUUUAAUCUUGUGAUCAAGGAUAUUCAAUGGCAUUAAAGGAAUGGUUCUACUAGGACAAGAUUACAUUCAGCUAAACAUAUGGAUUUGCAGUUGUAUGAAAGUGAACUGUAUCAUGUUAGGAAUUAUUACCUGGUUAUUGUUUUGAUGUAGACAUAUGAACAUACAAGUAUGUGUCAAAUUGCCAAGGGAUAGAUUUGGAUUCUGGGUUCUGAAUUUAAAAUGUAAACAGAAAAUCUUAGUUCAAGGCAUGGUGUUACAUGCUUUUUAACCCACCAUUCAUGAGACAGAGUCAUGCAGAUCUUUGAGAUCAAGGUAGAUCUCUAAGCAAGUUCCAAGAAAGCCAAGAUUAGGCAGUGAUAUAUUUGAAAUAUUGAAAGCUGCUGAUAAUGGAAUGGAAGGAGCCAUGUUCCAGCCCCAGUAAGCACCAGAACUCCGAGAAUUUUAUCAUGAAGUGGUGUUGAAUAUUGUCAGAGAAUUUUACAUUACAUCAUGAGAUGAUCAGUUCUUUGUUUUUCUAACACUUUAAUCCCAUUUUGUUGAACCAUCACUGUUUCUAGAAUGAAGCCUUCCUCAUUGUUAAUGGUUGGACGAUCUUUUGUUGUGUUUUAUAUUUUAUUUUAUUUGUUUUAUCUUUAAGUAUUUUAGAAUCUGUGGUUUUAGGGAUAAUUUGUCUGUAAUUCUUUUUAAUUGCUCAGUCUUUCCUGACUGGAUAUAUGAGUAAUCAGGGGUUCAGAAAAUAAAUCGACUAAUAUUUA